AGAUCAGUCCACGCAUGCGCGACGACUACGUCACUUCCGGGAGAGACAGCCCGAGUGAGCUGGCGGCGAGGACAGCCAUAGUGGAGUCAAGGCAACAUGUCGCGCAUUCUGAACGCCAUCGUCGCUGUGUGUCCGGACCUGGGGAUAGGAAAGAACGGACAGCUUCCUUGGCAUCCCACAAGACUCAAUGAGGAAUUCAAACAUUUCCGCAAGAUGACGGCAACAUCAUCAGUGGAAGGUAAGCAGAACGUGGUGAUUAUGGGCAGAAAGACCUGGUUUUCCAUCCCAGAGAAAAACCGACCUUUGAGGAACCGCAUCAACAUCGUCCUCAGUCGCCAGCUCAAAGCGCCUCCUGCAGGCUCCCACCAUCUUGCUGCAGACUUUAGCUCCGCCCUCAGGAUGAUUGACACUCAGCUGUCACAGCAGACGGAUCAGGUCUGGGUUAUAGGAGGCAGCUCGCUUUAUAAGGAGUUGAUGGAGACCAAAAGCAUCAUAAGAUUGUUUGUCACACAAAUCCAUCAACAGUUUGAAUGCGAUACUUUCAUCCCUGAAAUCUGCCCAGAAAAAUACUCUCUACUGCCCGACUUUCCAGGAGUACCACGGGGUGUGCAGGAGGAACAUGGUAUCCAGUACACCUUCGAAGUAUAUCAAAGUAUUGAGUAAUUAUCAUACUCAUGGACACCAUUACACAAAAGUAUUGUAGUACUUCUAUUUUCUUCUUGCCACAAUAAAAUCAUAUUUUUAAUACAA